GUGCUGGGACCACGGGCGCGCACCACUCUGCCCUUUGUUUCACCGGGCCUUCCUGAGUUGGCAAGCUCGGCGGGCGGACUGUAGAGCUCGGGCUCUGUCGCCCCCUCGCGGCCAUACGUUGUCUCCGCGGCAGUGGGGAAAUUUAAGGGGUCCCCGCAGAAGUCUGAGUCUAGGGCCCGGAAUCCCAGGUCGCUCCUCACGCGGGCCAGAGGUUCCCAGACCCAGAUAUGCUGUGCCCUCAGCCGAGUAAGAAGUGAAUGGCUCUCGGAGGCAUGGAGGAGGAGCCGGAGCCGCCCUUCCGGCUGGGACCACAGAUUCAGGGCAGGGUCCUGCUCCUGACCAUCUGUGCAGCUGGCAUUGGUGGAACUUUUCAGUUUGGCUACAACCUCUCCAUCAUCAGUGCCCCAACCUGGCACAUUCAGGAAUUCACCAAUGAAACAUGGCAGGCACGUACUGGAAGACCACUACCUGACCACCUGGUGCUGCUUGUGUGGUCCCUCAUUGUGUCUCUUUUCCCCCUGGGGGGCCUCUCUGGAGCACUCCUUGCAGGGCCCAUGGCCAUCACACUGGGAAGGAAGAAGUCCCUCCUGGUGAAUAACGUCUUUGUAGUGGUAGCAGCGAUCCUGUUUGGAUUCAGCCGCAAAGCAGGCUCCUUUGAGAUGAUCAUGCUGGGAAGACUGCUGACAGGAGUUAAUGCAGGUGUGAGCAUGAACAUCCAGCCCAUGUACCUGGGGGAGAGUGCUCCCAAGGAGCUCCGAGGAGCCGUGGCCAUGAGCUCAGCCAUCUUCACAGCCCUGGGGAUCGUGAUGGGACAGGUGGUUGGACUCAGGGAGCUCCUCGGUGGCCCACAGGCCUGGCCCCUACUGCUGGCCAGCUGCCUGGUGCCCGGGGUGCUCCAGCUCGCCUCCCUGCCCCUGCUCCCCGAGAGCCCACGCUACCUCCUCAUCGACCGUGGAGACACCGAGGCCUGUGUGGCAGCCCUGAAGCGGCUUCGAGGAGACAGGGAUGUGGCCCGGGAGCUGGAGGAGAUAGAGGAAGAGCGCGCCGCUUGCCAGGGCCGCCGCAUUCAGCGCCCGUGGGAGCUGUUCCUGGAUCCUGCCCUGAGGAGGCAGGUGACCAGCCUGGUGGUGCUGGGCAGUGCCAUGGAGCUCUGUGGGAAUGACUCGGUGUACGCCUACGCCUCCUCCAUAUUCCUGGAGGCUCGCGUGCCGGGGGAGAAGGUCCAGUAUGCCACCAUUGGGACUGGGAGCUGCGAGCUGUUUGCGGUUCUUGUCAGUUGUGUGGUGGUUGAAAGGGUAGGAAGGCGGGUGCUGCUCAUAGGGGGUUACGGCCUGAUGAUCUGCUGGGGGAGCAUCUUCACAGUCGCCCUGUGCCUGCAGGUAGCUGGGGGAAUGGGGCAGUGGCUGGCCCAGGUCUGCUUUCCACCUCACCCUCCACACUGUCUACUGCAGAGCUCUUUCCACUGGAUGCCCUACCUGGCCAUGUCCUGCAUCUUUGCCUUCAUCCUCAGCUUUGGCAUUGGCCCUGCCGGAGUGACGGGGAUCCUGGCUACAGAGCUGUUUGACCAGAUGGCCCGGCCUGCUGCCUAUGUGGUCUGUGGGGUGCUCAUGUGGACCAUGCUCUUCCUGGUUGGGCUGGGGUUCCCCUUCAUCCGGGAGAGUUUGUCCCAUUUCCUGUAUGUUCCUUUCAUUGGUGUCUGUAUCUGUGGGGCCAUCUACACUGGCUUAUUCCUCCCUGAGACCAAAGGCAAGACCUUUCUGGAGAUCUCCAAGGAACUACACAGACUCAACUUGCCCAGACCGGCCCAGGGCCCCAUGUGGACCAGCCCCAAAGUCAUCACAUCCACUGGUCUUUAGCUGCAAAUGUAUAAGUGGGGGCCAAAGCCAGUUGCUGCCCUUUCCUUUGCCUUCUUUUUUUUUUUUGGUACCGGGUAUCGAACUCUGGUCCUUGCACUUGUGCAGCAGGCAACGAAACCACUGAGCUAAAUCCCCAGGCCCUUCCUUUGCUUUCUAUAUCACUGGCUCCUGCUUUUUGUUUUUCCCUUUUCUUUUCUUUUCUUUUCUUUUUUUUUUGGUACCAGGGAUUGAACUCGGAUCCUUGCACUUGCGAGGCAGGCAGCAGAACCACUGAGCUAAAUCCCUGGCCCUUCCUCUUUUUCUUUUUAGAGUCAGGGUCUCGCUAUGUAGUUCAGGCUGGCCUUGAACUCAUUAUGGAGCCCAGGCUGACCUUGAACUCACAGUGAUCCUCCUCAGCCUCCCAAGGGCUGGAAUUAUCAGUAUGCACCACCAUACCUGCCCAGAACGUGUCUGACUAAUUGUAGUAUUAAAGAAUGUGAAAAAUAAA